UUUUCUCAUUUCGAACGUGAGAGCAGUUGAAAUUGUGUUUUGUAGUGUAGGAGUCGCAGUAUUGUUAAGAAAAUUUUAAAAUAUUGAAUGAAAAAUUAUAUUAAUAAAAAAGAUUAAUAGUGCUCGAAACAGUUUAAUUAUUACUAUUGCAUUUAGCAAUUAGUUGAAUAUAAUAAAGUGAAAUUAAACUAAAGUGUUCAAUAUAACUAAAGGAAAAAAUGGGGCUUAAUGGCUGCUGUUCUUGUGUUAAAUACUUGGUUGUUCUCAUAAACUUCCUAUUUUUGAUAAUUGGUUUAACAAUUGUGGUAGCAUCACUAUGGAUGAUAACUGAUCCAACAUUCUUACUCUCCAUGACACAACCUUAUAAUCAUUAUUAUAUAGCGCUCUACGUUUUCUUGGGCAUUGGUGUAUUGAUCACCAUUGGUGCCUUCUUCGGUUGCUGCGGCGUAAUUAAGGAAUCUGAGUGCUUAUUAGUAUCAUUCUUCUGCGUUAUACUUAUUGUUAUUGUUGCACAAAUUGCGGCAGGGGCUUGGGCAUUCCACAAUAAAGAUAAACUGGAUGAUAUUGUGCGUGCAUCGGUUAAAUUUUCUGUACAAGAGGAAUAUGGUCAAUCUAGUAUGAGUUCGCGCACUGUUACAUUUGAUACUAUACAGAAAAAUUUGAAAUGUUGCGGUGCUGAUGGACCUGGAGAUUGGGCAACUAGUCGCUUUAAUAAUGUUGAUCGCACCAAUAUUGUUGAUAUUGCUAUUUCAUCAAUGAACAUUUUUUAUAAUAUACCUGAAUCCUGCUGCAAGGAUGAUUUAGAAGAUAAUGUAUGUGAAAUGUCAAGAAAACUUAAAUUUGGCGGACCAUUACCGAAUGCAAUCUACCAACAGGGUUGUGUUGAUAAAUUGAUUGAAUUGAUUUAUGAAAAUUGGGUACUACUCUUUGGCAUUACUGCUGGAGUUGUAUUGCUCGAAUUGUUGGCUUUAACCUUCUCCUUAAGUCUUUGCUGUGCGGUACGAAACAAGCAUUAUAAAGCCUGAGAAUUACAGAACUCCCAAAGGGAAAUAAAUGAUGAUGAAAAAUAUUAGGAUGAUAUAGAGCGAAAUACGGCUGAGUUAAGAAAAAUGGUUAAGUGGAUAAUAUUUGAAUGAAAUCGAAAAGGAAUAUAAAAGCGAAAUCCAAAAAGAAAAUAAAAAAACAAAAAGUUUACAAAUAAAUCGUAAAAAUGCAAGAUUUAAAGAUUUACUGUAGUCCACAACUGAUUGCAGUAUUGAAAAUAAUAACAAAGGUAUUGGAGUUCACAUAAGGAAAUAAAUAUACAAUUCCAAAAUAUAAAAGUAAACACAAAUUUUUAAAAUAACAGGAGAAAAUAGGAGAAAUUAUAAAGAAAUUAACAUACCUUAACAAUAGAAUUGGAUAUUCAAAAUAAACUUGUAAAAACGUUGCAUGAAAUUCAGUUGCCAAGCUAACAAAGUAUUGCUAUACUUUUUAUGUGUAAAUUUCUACUUUGUCUAUCUGAUCACUUGGCAUCUUAAAAUACACAUUGAUUAGAAAAUAAUAUUUCCUAAAAAUCACAAUCAAACCAAAAUCGUUUCCAUUGAAAAAAAAUCACAAACUUACUUAAAUCAAAUAAAAAUCUCAAUAACUCGUGUUUUAAGGUAUAAAACACAAAUGAAUACAUAAAAAUAUUUUCUUAGAAUUAAGGGAAAUACAUGAAUAAUUAUUGUAUUAGGUAAAGAAGUUUGCCAAUUUUUUUGACUUUGUUUUUUUUUUUUGCAAAAUCAAAUUAGUUUUGUGUCUUCCGCUGACAGUUAUUUAUAUCUUUAAAUUUAAUUUAAUAGUCAAAAUCAAACAAGAAUUUAUUUGAAGUUUUGACAUUCCAAAACAACACAAAAAAUGAAACUAUUGGUGAUGUUAUUUUUAGUAUGAUAUAUAUACACAUGCACACGCACAUCCACACGCACAUCUAAACUACAACAUUUAAACUUUCUUAUACUGACUAAGCCUUAAAUAAAAAUUAAAAUUAUUUAAGCCACAUUUAGUUUUCCAAAUUGCCAAAUUUUUAUUAUUUUCUUAAAUUAUUAAAGAACUGGAAAAAGUUAUAAAACCUCACUUGUUAAAAAAUAUUUUCAUCACAAUUGUUAAAUAAAUGUGAACCUCUUGCAUACUCUUUCCAAAAGCCAUGGAACACAAAUCUGCAUUAUUCAGUUUUGUUCGUCUUCAAAUUCAUUGAACUCAUAAAGAACAUCUUACAUACUACUGUUGUUUUUUUAAAAUUAUUUUUAACACAACUACAAAAUACAAAAAUAAUUAAACCGAACUUUUAUUCGAAUCCUAAUCCUACUUACCACUUACCUGCAUUAAUAUUUACAA